UGUUUGAUACGAUCAUUUAGGCGCGCAACUGUCAGUUCUCACACAGCCUGCUCACGUACCCUUUGAUAACGAUUCGAGAGACCUGCCAAACCUCGUCUAGUACCGGGCGCCAAGUGAAUCACUCAUUCCCGGCAAUCGAAUACUCGUGCAGAGCUCGUGCACGUCUUUUUCGGCCCCCUCUUCGUAGCGUAUUCGUCACAGGACCGGCUUCAUGCACUUAAUUCCCGUCCCUUGCUUGCUGUUUCCGUACGUCGGAGCGCAUAGGCAAGAGGCAUUGUAUUGAACCGCCGGCUAAGUCGCAAUAGUCGGAUCUCAAGCGUGUCUUCGGUACUUAUACCCUAGCGGCUCGUGCUGCACAUCCCCACAGUCAUCUACCCACCCAUACUGCUAACGAUGUGCACCGUCUACUAUGGUCCGGUCAUUAACCCGCAAUCACUCACUGACUACCUUGCUCUUCCUCAGUGUUUAAUCUGCGUAUCUCCACAGGGUAACAUCGAAUGGCUAGUUGAGGAUGUAGACAGCACAAAGCUCAAUGAUGUCCUCUCGCAGCAUGAUUAUGCCCCUUCUGAUAUCACUCUCAUUUGUUUGGAUGAUGGGGAAUUCCUCAUGCCUGGCUUGGUUGAUACCCAUGCGCAUGCUUGUCAAGUCCCUAACCUCGGCGUUGGUGGGGAGUUAGAACUCCUGCAAUGGCUCGACAAUUACACGUUUCCGACGGAAGCUAGGUUCAAGAACGUCGAAUAUGCCGAACGCACUUAUCCUCAUGUCGUACGACGCAUAGUCAACUCGGGUACAACGACAUGCUGUUAUUACGGUAGUUUGCAUCUAGAAGCAACCAAGGUUCUAGCCAGUCUCGUCCACACUGCGGGUGAGUUUACUCUUGUCAAAUGCAAUAUGAAUCGGAAUUGUCCACCUAAUUACAUCGAACCGUCUGUCAAAGAGUCUGUCGACACCACCUUGGCUUUAAUCAGCUACAUCGAAGAGCUACCGAAAUCUGUUAGCGGCGAGACAUUGCUACAUCCCAUCCUUACCCCGCGUUUCGCUGUUCAUAGCAACCCAGAGCUUGCCAUCCAGACUCACAUCUCUGAGAACAAAUCCGAGGUUGAACUGGUUAAAAGCCUGUUCAAGACUAACAGUUACGCAGAGACGUAUGACAAGUUCCAUUUACUUCGCAAGAACACCGUUUUGGCACACGGCGUCCAACUCACCGAGGAUGAAAUGGUGCUUAUCGCUAAACGUGGCUCGGGGGUAGCACAUUGCCCGACAAGCAACUUCUAUUUAAGCAGUGGCAUGGCCAGAGUCGGCAUGCUCCUGGAUCAUGGUGUAAAGGUUGGAUUGGGCACAGAUGUCUCUGGCGGCUACUCCCCGUCGAUACUAGCUGAGAUCCAGCACGCCAGCAUCGCAUCCAAGAUGCUCGCUAUACAAGCUGUCGAUAACAAGAAAUGCAAGUGCAACGGAGGCCACUCGAAGUCAUCGUCAUCAGGCUCGGAAGACACCCAUUCGCGCGGUCGUCAUGGUCACAAGCACCACGAAUAUCAAGGUGAUGAGAAGCAGCCUGGACGGUUCACCAAUCAAAAACUAUCUAUUGCUACCCUUUUGUACCUCGCUACUCUCGGUGGGGCGGAAGUCUGUUGUCUACAGGACCGCAUCGGCUCGUUUGAGCAGGGAAAGGCGUUCGAUGCUCUCCUUGUGAGCGUCCGAGAAGACGAUACGGGAAACCCUGCGGUAUGGGGCUACAAUCCUGACCGCGACUUGACCCAUGGUGUCACCGCGCAGAGCGCGGACAACAGCUUGAUAGAAUGGUUGGAACGUUUCUUGUUCUGUGGGGAUGACAGGAACAUCAAGAAGGUGAUCGUACAAGGAAGGACGAUUGGUGGACGGGAUUACCAUCCGUUACGGUAAAUACUCAUUAGAAGCGAGCUCGGAUGCAUAACUUGGAUGGUAUACCUACAUGGCUAUAGCAGUAAUAUACAACAGUCCCUUGGAGACUCUCUUGUGCUCUCGCCA